AUGGAAUGUACCCAUACCAUUACCAUCGAGGUCUCCAUACCAGAGACUUGGAAGUCGUUUCGUGAGUCAUAACCACGUUCGAAUUGUGUUCGUUUUUUUCCAACAUCGAAAAUACUCGAUUAAAAAUAUUUAAAUAUUAAAAAUGUAGUCGUUCGGGUGUUUUUGUGAUUCGACGAACAUGGAAGGCGUGAAAAUCAAAAAUUGGAAAAUGGCUCUCGAUCUGAAGACUCUCGCGAUAUUCCUAGUUACUUUGUCAGCUCUGCAUUUAGCAUCGGCGCAUUCGGUUUUCAAGACGAUUAAAUGCGGCGAUACCCCUUGUAAAAUAUACGAAUAUUGUCGCUCUCAAGAUGGCUCUUGUCAUCCCUGCGAAGAUCUUUGCGAUGCGGAAUCACAUAAUCAUAACGCUGCAAGAUGCCAAAAAGAAUGCUCUGAAUUCGUCCACGAUGUUCAAAUCGGAUAUGCUAGAAAAACUGACAUACAAUCACUUAUCGACGAAGUUGACAGAAUGUACGCGUUGUUGGUCGUUAUUCUGAUUUUGGUCGUCGUUCUAGUUACAAUUGUCGGUGCGAUGUUGGUUAAAUUACUUUAUCAGUAUCGAAAACGAGUCAACCUGAGGAAAUUAGAGCAGAAGAAAUUUCAGCAGAAGUUGACUGCAGUUCAGUACACAAUUGCCAACAACAACCCAAAAAGAGACGAUUCCAUCAACGGUACGAUGACCCAGUCAAUGAGAACAACGUUGCCAUCGACAAUGACUCUGACAACCCAAACCGAAGAAUCACCGAAUUGUACGAAUAAAUCCACCAGUACAACUAAAACUUUACCAUUAUCAGUUGAAGAACCAUGCGAAGAUACCACUUUGGACUACGCAGCUUAUGUCAAUCAGGCUCUAUCACAUUCGCCUGCCAAUGAAGGCCAUCUAUGUCCAACUAAACUGGACAUGUCCUAAGAGGUAUCUUGCACAUAGUGAUAAUGUAAAUGUUAAUUUUUUGUGAUUGUUUUUACCAAAGUUUCAUUUUGUUAUGUUUCUCUCUACCUACAACACGUUUACUUGUAACUCAUCCUAUUUCCAUACUGAUCGAAUACUCGGUGCACAAAAAAUUAAACAUCACAAAAAAUUAUUUAUCCCUGUCUUUCAUCUUCUGCAACCAUUUUUUUUUCGAUUUUAUAAGUUUACGUUUAUGUAUUAAUAGGUAUUAUUGUUUCUCGUAGGUUGUGUUUGUGUGUCUGUGUAUAGUGUUUUUCUUGUUCCCUUAAGUUUAAGUAUAACAGUGGUAUACUUAAGUAUAUAUUUUAGGAUUAGGAGUAUGCGAGUUGAGCAUUAUGUUUUUCAAAUAUUUUCGACUGGUGCUUUUCUGGAAUAGUAUUACUAGGUUUAAAUAGGAUAUAAUACGUUACGUUAAGCAUUUAAAUACGUAUAACUGACGAGCGAUCGCGGAGAUAAUUAGCAUUUUUUUAAAAUCUUACCUUUACGGAUAAAAUAGGUAAAUAGGUGUACUUAAGUAGUAUUAUUAAGCGUAUUUUUGACGAUGGUCCGUACCGAACAUUCCAUUUAUAUUUAAGUAGAGUAUUAUUUUACUCAUUUGUCUUCUCCUUAUUACGAGUAUUUGUGUAAAGACAAUCAAAAUUUUAAUUCGUAAAUUAGAAUAGGUUUAUCAAGAACAGCGUUCAAUUUUUUAAAAUAAUUUUCCAGGGGUUGUUGCAUUUUUUUAAAAUUAAUUUUUAUUCAGUUUUUUAAUUCUCGAACUCGAUGAUACGAUAUAGGUAGUUGAUAUUUUUAUGAAACAUUAAAAUAAGUGCUAUCUUAUUUUAUACUUUACAUCACUGCCAUUACAAUAUAGUAAAAUACAUUUAGCUAACGCUGUUCUGAGAUUUAAAUCAAAAUUAGAACUUGGAAAAGUAAAGUACAAUUAUUGAAUAUUCAAAGAACUCUUGAUUUUAUUUUCAUUUCAAGAAUAAUUAAUAAUCUUUAUUUUUAUUAAUUAUUUUGUUCGAUUUCUAGAAAAUUUUAUUUCCACCAUACUUGCUUUUCGUUUUUAAUUUCGUGGAUGUUCUUAAAAAGGAUUAAUCUCGUCCACCAACAGCUUUAGUUUCAAUUUCAAUUCAAUAUUCUGAGAAAACCAACCAGGUUUAUCAAAAUAUUAUCAUCGAUACAGUUUUAUUCUAAAAAUUCUCUAAGUAAAUUCUGAUCUUCUUCAAUUAGAUCAAGUACUUGUAUGAAUUCUAUAUCCUUGACUUCUUUGAAUAUUCUUUAAUUCUAGAUCUAAGCGUUCUUUACUUCCAUUUCAUUUUCUAAUCGUGAUUUAUUAAAAAUUGAUUUAUGUUAAGAAACGUCAGGAUAAGAUUUUAUUUUCUAGGCAAACUGCUGCAUAGGCCGGGUACUGUAAUAUCCCGUUAUUGAUAAGUACAACGUACGUUAAGAAUUAGUCGUAAAUCGUUAUUGCAAUUCGAAUUAUUAUUUCUUUAAGUCGUUAAGAUGUCGUCAAGUUGGAGGAAUUUUCUAUUCUAAAGAAAUCGUAACUGUAUUCUUCUCAUGUUGCUUCUCGUUUUGAAACAUGUUUUACUAAUUGAAAAAUAAUUUACACGAAAGCUUCUGAAUGAGAACAACGAAAACUAGAGAACUUUCUGAUAAAAUACUUGAAUAGGUAUAUUUGGAAUUACCAAUCAAAAGUCGAUUUAAUCAGCAAUAAAGAAUAUCUUUUCUGUAGUAUGUAUUACUAACGUAGAGUCACUCAAAGAAAGACAUACCUACUUACUAAAUUACUCAAUUCUAAAUUUUCAAAAUGAAACCGAACGAACAAGAAUAUCGAAUACUCUAUUUCGCCAAUACAGCAUAGUCAGUCUUGGGAGACAUUAUUUAUAAACAUACAGAGUGUCACCGAUGUCUUUUGUAUUAUUAAUAAUAAAAUUACGUCUUUCAUAUUUUACGUACCUUUCGGAAUAAUAUUGACGAUGGAUAAAUCAAUGAUCAACGUUCAAAUUUGCACAUCGUAGAAGUAAACCACUUUGACAAUUGAUUAAAAAAUCAAAUCCAUCGCUAUAAAAAUAAACUAAAUUGUGUAUGGAACCGAUGAAGAAAUUGAGGAAUUAAUUAAAUCAUAGAUAAUAAAUUUGAUAAGUAAGCCUACCCAACAAAAAGUUCAAAGUUUCUGAUAACUACCGACUCAAAUUCAACGUAACAAACUACAUAGUAAAAUUCGCCCAACUUUUCGAUACAUAUUAUUUAUAGGUAAUUUACCGAAGGAUGAUAUACAGAAUGAAUUUGUUCUUGGAGAAUGACAAUACCACGGAAUGAGUGAAUAAUAAGUAAGGAUUAAUUUUAAUAAAUACGGAUAAUUUAUAAGUAUUAGUCGUAAGUUAUUAGUCUUUUGACUGAUCGUCUACAGAAGGAAUUCCGUCCAUUCCCUAAUUUUAGUAUUAUUUUCUUAGCAUCCUUUUUUUAAGUAUUUGAGUGAGUGUUAUUUUUAAUUCUUUUAGCCAUAAUUGUUUUUUAUUUGUGAGAAUGAACAUGUAUAAUAGCAAUAAUAAUCUUUAAGGAAGAUUUAUCGAAAUAUCGAAGUAUCUUUACGCGACAAUACGUUGCUCUAUAUUAACUAGUUGUAAUUAUUAUGUAACAUACGUGAUUGAAUUAGUUUUAAUGUUACAUAGGUUUUAAAUGUGUUACUGUGUUGUGUUGUUCUACAAAAACAAUUCUCGUUUCAAAAUAAGUUGUAUUAUUAUAUUUUACUUGAAAUAUACCGUUACAUAUCUUCGUAAAAAUUA